CUCAGGGGCGAGUCAACAUAUGGUUAAGUCUGAUAAAUAUUUGAUAAAUGCUGUGGAUGUCUCUGAGUUUAAUAUUACUGUUAGUCAUCCAAAUGGUACAAAGGUUAAAGUGUUAAAGAUUGGUAAUCUUGAGCUAACUAAAAAUGUUGUGUUACAAGAUGUUUUCUAUGUUCCAGAUUAUUGUGUAAAUCUGUUGUCUGUACAUAAGUUAGCUAAGGAUAAUUGUGUGUCUGUUGUGUUUAAUGAGGAUAGUUGUUUGCUUCAGGAUUCCAAGUCAAAGAAAAUCCUGAUGAGUGGUAGGCAAGAUAGUGGGCUGUAUGUUGUAGGAAUUAAUGGUUACCCUCCUCUGUGUUGAAUAGUAAGAGUCCUUUUGAGGUUAUGUUUGGUUUUAAACCCUCCUUGUCUCAUUUAAGGAACUUUGG